AUGGAUAAAACAAGGAUAGCUAAGGGCUUAUCACAGGUAGAUGAGGUCACUCUAUUCCGCCGGGGAGAGAAGGCAAUAGGAAGUCUUCACCUUACUCCCCACCAUAUUGUCUUCUCGUAUAUUCCACCCCAGAAAGAAUCACCUAGAGAGCAUUCCAAGGAUAAGCCGACUGUGGGCCAUAAAGAGAUAUGGAUCACAUAUCCUAUUAUCUGCUUCUGUACUUACAGACCUGCAUCUCCUGCAUCACGCCAGCCAGCAUCAAUCCGCCUCCGGUGCCGCGACUUCAGCUUUAUGUGUUUUACUUUUCCAAAUGAGGCGAGGAGUAGAGAUGUCUAUGAGACUAUAAGAACAUGGACAUGCAAGCUUGGAAGCAUAGAAAAGCUUUAUGCAUUCACCUUUCAGCCUCCUGCAGCCGAGCUUGCUUUGAAUGGAUGGGAACUAUAUAACCCUCGCAAGGAAUGGGCUCGUCUUGGUGUAGGCAGGGCAGAGCAAGACUCUAACUGGCGAAUAUCCUGUAUCAACACGGAUUAUAAGGUCUGUUCUGUAUUUCUCUUACUGCCUGUUCAUAUUAAACCGCUUGUUGGCGUCCGAAACAACCGCAGCAUCCAAGAUGAGAAGCUCCUUGCUGCUAUCUUCUCAACAUCCCGGCAGGAUCGACCUCUAGCAAACGCUUCACCCCCUUCCUUAGAAACAGAAUCCUCCAACUCAAGUGCAGAAGAACAGUUUGGAAUUAACUCCGACUUUGAAUUCUCGAAUGCAGAAGAACUGGAGGACGAAGUUGUAGCCUCCGCCAGGAAUGAUAUCAAGGACUACAAAACACAAAUAUAUGGAGCUCAGCAAAAUAACCUGAUUGUUGAUGCUCGCCCUACCGUGAAUGCUCUUGCAAUGCAAGCUGUUGGUUUGGGAUCCGAAAACAUGGACAACUACAAAUUUGCUGCUAAGGCCUACCUGGGCAUUGACAACAUCCAUGUUAUGAGGGACUCGCUUAAUAAAGUCAUCGAAGCGCUCAGAGAUUCUGAUAUCAGCCCGUUGCCGCCAAAUAGAGAUCAGUUACUGAAGAGUGGAUGGCUGAAGUACAUCGCUGUCAUUCUCGACGGGGCAGCAUUGAUCGCCCGGCAGGUUGGCCUACAGCAUUCACAUGUGCUGAUUCAUUGCUCUGAUGGAUGGGACAGAACUGGCCAACUCAGCGCCCUGAGCCAGCUCUGUUUAGAUCCGUAUUAUAGAACUUUGGAAGGAUUCAUGGUUCUUGUUGAAAAGGACUGGCUUGCGUUCGGUCACAUGUUCCGUCAUAGAUCAGGACAUCUUAACAGUGAUAAGUGGUUUCAAGUCGAAAAUGAUCGGGGCAGUGACUCUGCAAGAGGUGCUUUUGAGGGGGGAGUAGCAGGCAAAGCCCUUGAAAAUGCCCUGCUCAGCGCAAAAGGCUUCUUUAACCGGGACAACGUCAGCCGGGAGUCAUUGGUAGAGGGUGACGGCGACAGGGCCGACCCUGACUCCUCGAACUCGAAGAGGGCGACCUCCAAUCCAAAAUCACCAGUGAGUGACAGUGAUAUGACAAAGCCCAAGGAAACUAGCCCUGUAUUUCAUCAAUUCUUGGAUGCUACCUACCAACUUCUCUACCAACACCCUACCCGCUUUGAGUUCAACGAACGUUUUCUGCGACGGCUGCUCUACCAUGUCUACUCUGGCCAGUACGGUACAUUCCUUUACAACAGUGAAAAGGAGCGUGUUGAUCGCGGAGCCAAAGAAAAGACUCGCAGCGUCUGGGACUAUUUCCUAGCCAGGCGAAGCCAGUUCAUCAACCCGGAGUAUGACCCUCUCAUCGACGACAACAAACGCGGUAGUGAGCGUUUACUAUUCCCUCGCACAUACGAAGUUAGAUGGUGGGCUGAAUCAUUUGGACGCAACGAUUCUGAAAUGAAUAAUCCUCGCAUAGCAAACAGUGGUGUCCUGGUUGAAAGAGAUUGCCCGAGUGGAUCUAUGACCCCUAUGGUUGCUGUCGAAACCGCUGAUCGCUCUGUCACCCCUGUCGCUGUAUCUCAGCAGCUAGCUGCACCUCAGUCUUCUACAACCGGCCCUACAACGAGUAUCACUUCUCUCGCGGCCAAUAUUUCUGGUUUAAGCUUGCCUGUCGGGAAGGGAGAUGGUCCUGGAACAAUCAAAGCACGGGAAAUGGAGGCGGUAGAGAUGACGUAG